GUUAACUCUCGAGUUAUUGGUAAAUUGGCAUUCACCAACUCCGAAUCUCGAGUCAAGCACAAUAACUCUAACUCUAACUUUAGAAAAUCGGCGAGUAGACGAUAACUCUAGGUUUGACACCUGCGCGAAGCGAUCUAUUUCAGGGGAAAAUGGCGACAUUCGACGGGGACGAAGCCGAAAUGCUAGAAAAUCUGAAAUAUCUAGAUUAUGUAGAUCGUAUGGAACGAAGAAGUCGGCAGAUUAUUUCUCCAAGAAGAAACGACCUUGAACAAUUGGACGAUUACGACUUUCUAUGUCGAUAUCGUUUGCCAAAAGAGAGCGUAAGAAACGAAUUGGUCAUCAUUUAGUUUCAACAUCAUCGAAAAAUUAUGCGAUGUCGCCGAUGGAACAACUGUUGUUGGCUCUACGUUUUUAUGCCACGGAAACAUUUCAGUUGGUCGUAGGCGAUUUAAAUGAUUUAAGUCAAUCAUCUGUUUGUAGAGCGAUUAAUAGAGUCAGUUUUUUAAUUGCUCAAAUCUCAGCAGAUUAUAUCCAGUUGCCUAAAACAGAAUCUGAAAGGAAGCAAAUAAGUCAAGACUUUUUUCAUUUGAAUGGUUUUCCAUGUGUGUAUGGAGCCAUUGACUGCACCCACAAUCCAAUUCAGUCACCGGGAGGAGAAACUGCUGAAUUAUUUCGAAAUAGAAAAGGAUAUUUUUCUAUUAAUGUUCAGACAGUUUCAGAUAGCCAACUUAAAAUCAGAAAUAUAGUAGCUAGAUGGUCAGGUAGUUCUCAUGAUAGCACUAUAUUUGCCAAUAGUCAUCUGUGUGCUGUGUUCAAGCAGGAGACAUUCCAUCAAAAUAUCAUCUUGGUUACAGUGGAUAUGGAUGCAAGGCAUAUAUAUUAACACCAAUAUUAAAUCCAGAAGGUGAUCAAGAAAAAAGAUAUAACAGAUGCUACAUAAAAGCACGGAACACAGUAGAAUGGCAAUAUGGUUUAUGGAAACGACAUUUUCCCUGUUUAUCUGUAGGUUUACGUUGCAACCUUCAAAAUGCUAUGGCUGUCAUAGUUGCCACAGCAGUGCUUCAUAACAUUGCAAUUUCCCAUGGAAAUAUGACAGUUCCAACAGAAUUUGAUAUUUCCAUGAAUGAAGAUGUUCCGGUGCCUGUUGUCAGAAGUCAGGAUGCAGCUGGAUUUGCAAAGAGAAAUGCAUUAAUAGCAGAUUUCUUUAGAAUUUAACUUUUGAAAUGUUUGCAUAAUCUUUUAAGGUUAUCCAAACAUAUUUCAGACAUUGUUAUUAAAUUAAAAGGCCCUUUUCAGGGCCAUAAAUUUUCCUUAAGAGUUAGCUAAAUCAAUAUAAGUAAAAAAUUUGGCAGUUUUAUUUCACCAAGCAAAUGAAAAGUAGACAGGAAUCCUGUUGAAAGGCAAUAUUGUUUAUGACAGACAUUACCCAUGCCUUUCUAUUGGACUACAUAAUUUGCAGAAUGCAGUGCAUAUUAUAGUUCUUCACAAUAUUGCACUAUAAGAUGAAAGUAUAGCAUUAUUUCAUGAUGAUGAUAAUGCUCAUUUUUUAACUUCAGAUGUGCCUGUACAACUAUGUAAAUACCAGAAAUGUUCAAGGUUUUGUGAAAAAGAUGCAAUAAUUCAGAAUUUUUUGUUUAAUGUUAAAAUAAAAAUUUCAUAUAUUUUUAAAUA